GUUUGAUUUAAACACGAAAAACGACUAAAUUAACUUGUAUUAAAGAAAAGAUAAUAUCCCGCGCGUCGGUAACGUACAUCUUAGCCAUUGACACGAUUAGUAAUUGCCAAAAUUGACAGUUGAUUCUUGUCCAAACACGAAAACAGUCUUUAUUCGCACCAAAACAACCCAAUAAAAUGCGAUAUAAUCACUUUUUAUAACUUCGAAUUGCGGUUUUGAUUUGACGAAAAAUGCCGGCUUCGAUCGGCGUAAAUUUGCGAGUUACGGGCCAUUGCAGACAGGGAGGUCGUAAGUACAUGGAAGACUUCUUUUCGGUUGCUUAUCAACAAACGGAGGAUGAGAGAGAUUUGGAGUACGCGUUUUUUGGUAUUUACGAUGGUCACGGCGGGGCCGAAGCGGCCGAAUUCGCCAAGGAACGUCUCAUGGAAACUAUUGUAAGACACAGGAAUUUUUGGUCCGAUAAUGACGAGGAUGUUUUGAGAGCUAUUAAAAUGGGAUAUUUAGCGACUCAUUAUGCAAUGUGGAAAGAACAAGAGAAUUGGCCGAGGACUGCAUCGGGAUUACCGAGUACGGCGGGAACCACAGCUAGUAUAGCGUUUAUACGACGAGGAAAAAUUUAUGUUGGUCAUGUUGGCGAUUCUGCUAUUGUGUUAGGGUACAAUGAGCCAGGAUGUUCUGAAUGGAAGGCUAAACCUUUGACGAGGGAUCAUAAACCAGAGUGUGCUAAUGAAAUGUCGAGGAUACAAAGUUGUGGGGGAAAAGUUGUUGCUAAAUCAGGUGUUGCCCGAGUCGUUUGGAAUCGCCCCCGAAUCGGUCACAAAGGCCCCGUACGUCGCUCCACCCCCAUCGACGAAAUCCCCUUUUUAGCCGUCGCGCGAAGUCUCGGCGACCUCUGGUCCUACAACUCCGAAUUGGACGCAUUCGUCGUCUCCCCCGACCCCGAUUGCUCCGUUAUUCCCAUCGAUACAAACUGCUUCCGCUGCUUAAUUUUCGGCACCGACGGCCUCUUCAACAUGCUCAGCCCCCAGCGAGCGGUCUCGAUCGUCCAACAAGCGGAGCGCCACAACGAAGAAUCAACAUUAAGCGGCCAAGCGAAAGUAUCUUGGGUAAACCCCAGCAAAUGUCUCGUCGAAAAAGCUUUGGACAUGUGGAGUAACACGAAAAUUCGCGCUGAUAACACAUCGGUCGUUACGCUUAUGUUGGAUCCACCAGGACCGCCAAGAGCGGAGGUUUUGAGAAAUCGACGCAAAGCCGUUCCGGAUAAUGGGUUAAGAAUUGUUACGAGGUAUCCGAGUAUGGCGGGAGGGAAUGGAGAUGGUAGUGAGAAGAAUGAUGUUGAAAAUGGGGGUGGUGAUAAAAAUGAGGUUAAUUCCGGGGAAAUUUCGCCUCAGGGGAGGAUUCAACAUAAAAUUAGGACGUCGGAGAGGCAAGAAUUAAUUAAUUGCGAGGGUGAGAAGAAAAACUCGGAGUAUUUCGUUUCAAAUCUUGAGAGGAGGAGGUUAGAAACGCUAGUUCCUUAUGGAUUUUUUUUACGAACCGUUCCCGAGAUGAUUCCGACAUCAUCUCCUGAUGUGAUUGGUGAUGUAAUAAACGAAGAAAUCGAAGAGAACUCGUCGGAAAACAUCCAAAUUAACGAAGUUUCCUCAUCAUCCAACGAAAUAUCGUCGGAGAGCGAAAAAAAUCUGCGCCCAAAAGCGAAAUUGCGCUCGCAGCCCUUUCGUCGCAAUCGGAAACGGAAACGCGACGAGGAAAUCAACGUAAGAAACUCCCCCUCAUUAUUAGAAGACGUAAACAAUAAAUCAACCGUAGAUUUUCGUGAAAUAAAGCGGCCCCAUCGAGAAAUAACCCAAGAAGUCACCCCAAAACGAAAUCUUCGCGAACGAAAAAUGACCGUUUUAGAGAGCGUCCAACGUAAAAGCGAGGCGAUUAUUAAUAUGAUGGAUAAAAGUAGGAAAAAAGUCGAUUCGGAAUCGAUUUUGGUCGACGUAAACGUUUUGGUUAAAAAAUAUCAAGGAAUUAAUAAGAAGACGGUUAAUAAUAAAGCGGUUAAAGAGGUAAAGGAAAAAGUGAAUAAAAUAAAAAUAAAAAAGUCGAUUAAAAAAACGAUUAUCAAUAAAAAGGGGAAAAUGAAAAAAACCGAAUUGGUGACUCGAAUGAACAAAGAAAAUCGGCGAAAAAUAAUCAAAAAAGAUAUCAAUAAGAAAGGGAAAAAAACCACAUCGAGUAAUAAUAAUCGGACGUUGAGGGUGGAACAUUUGAGGAGAUUACGAAACCACGUGAUGUUAAGGAGUCAAAGAAAAAGCUAAUAUAGUGCCUCAGGUAGAUUGUACGUUUUUUAUUAUGGGUUGAAAAUUGUAAGUCUUAUUUUUGUUUUAAAACUUAAUAAUAAUGUUUUUUUUAAGAUUACUUUUAGCGAGUUAAUUCGUUAAUUUAAACCUAUUUAAAAGUAAAAAAAUGAGGUUAAAUUAAAUUUUAAUUUGGUGUUUAUUACAAAGUUGUAAGUAGUAUUUGAGGGGGUAAAAAUAAAAAUAACUCCCCUUGUACAUAAAAUAAAGUAAAAUAAUAUUAAUCUAGAUGGGAUUUUAAAGAGGCGAAACAAACAAAUAUUAUUAUAUCAAAGUUUUACAAAUUGGAAUGCGGUGCCUUCGUUUGUUACCAUAUUUUAUUAAUAUAAAUAUAUAUAUUAUUAUAUUUGUGUCUGUCUUUCUCUUUCUCUCAUUCUUGAAAUUUUGGGAAAAUUUUAUUCUUGAAGGGGAAAUGAGACUUAACGGAUUCAAUUUAGUGUAUUAUGUUUAUUUUCUUAAUAAAAACUAAUAAUAAAGGUAAAUAUAACAAGAA